GGGCCCGUGUUGGAAGGAGAUCUAAGAUGAAGUUAUGGGAUGUUGUGGCUGUCUGCGUGGUGCUGCUCAACACGGUCUCCACCUUGCCCCUGCCCACCGGUAAGACGCCUCCCAAGGGGUCCCCUUCAGUGGUAGAGGGACCUGAAGAUGAUCUCUCCCCCAUCAGCCUGCUGCCUCCCUAUGCUGUGCACAGUGACUCUAAUAUGCCAGAGGAUUAUCCAGAUCAGUUUGAUGAGGUAGUGGACUUUAUUCAAGCCACUAUUAAAAGACUGAGGAGGUCACCAGAUAAACAGACUCCGAUUUUUUCUAGGCGGGAGAGAAACCGUCAAAAUGCAGCCACAAACAUAGAGAAUUCCAACAAAAAAGGAAGGAGGAAUCAAAAGGGCAAAAAUCGAGGAUGUGUCUUAACAGAAAUACAUUUAAAUGUGACCGACUUGGAUUUGGGAUAUGAAACCAAAGAAGAGCUAAUUUUCCGGUAUUGCAGUGGAUCUUGUGAUGCAGCUGAGACCACCUAUGACAAAAUUUUAAAAAACUUAACCAGAAAGAAAAAACUGGUCACUGACAAAGUGAGGCAAGCCUGUUGCAGACCCACAGCCUUUGAUGACGACCUGUCCUUUUUGGAUGAUAACCUGGUUUACCACAUACUGAAAAAACAUUCCGCAAAAAGGUGUGGAUGCGUCUGACGGCUGCAUGUCGAGGCGGCACAGUUUUCCAUUCCUGCUAUGCUGCAAAGAGAGGGACCAAGGUUCCCAGGGAAGUGUCUGCUCCAGGUGGAGGAAAAAGGACCAAGAACACAGACUAAGGAGCCAUGAGAGCCUGGGGAUAAGGAGGCAUGCGGCAGAGUAGAAGGAUGGAGACUUCUGGCGUCUUAUGGGGAUUUAGAUAAAAGCUCAGGUGGAGAUGACGAUGGAUGGAUGAUGUGCACGCUACCUUUCCUGUUUGACUCAAUCCACCAUCAGUGAGACUCAGUCCAUGAGGAACGUGCUUAAAAACACAACCCUGCCAUAUCACGCUGUGUUGUAGUUAUGCCAUGAUAUACCAGUUAUACCAAGAAGCUUAGCUAAGAAGUAGCUUAGGAGUCCCUUACUAACCCCCUGUGCCCUCAGCUCCACUGAAAGACACAUUGUGCUACUGCUCACUGGAGGGCAGUUCCUGAGUGCUUAGGACAACUCCUAAGCUAUAAGAUUACCCCUGUAAGUAAGAUGAUAUUGGGCAAAUAUCAAAAUGACCAGGCUCAAGUUCUUAUGAAGCAAACAGUUCCGCUUACUGGCUAAGUUUGGUUAUUUCCAUCUUUUGUUUCUUCAAAUUGAGUGCAGGAUUUUGUUCUUCUGAUACCUGUGAAAACAAGUUGAGUUUUUAAGCACUUCUUCCUAGUAUAGUAAGAGAAAUAACAAGCCCAGCCUACACAAAAUGCGUUUCUUUAGGUUUACAAAGGACUAACGUCACUUGCAUAACUACAUUUCUAUUUGGUCAUUGUGAUUGAGAGAGACUACUUGAUGCAAUGCAUCCCUUCAGAGACAUAAGUAUACAGAAGAUAUUUAUUGAGAUUAAGUUAUUGUUAUUUAUUACAGUUCAGUAAUGAGUCUCCUUAUUUAUUAAAGUGUCUUUCAAAGGUGCCAAAGUAGAUGGCACUUGGGGAUAUAGAGAGACAAAGACGUUGGGAACAACGGUCCAUGCUUUUGAUUGAAGGUGUUAACUUGAAUGCAAAAAAUCACUUACUUUACCUUUUUUUCUUUUAAACAAAAUCUUGAUUAUGUUCACAAAAGGUAGUGCUGAAGUCUGCAGCCCUUAUUCCUGUCACUAAGUCUUUUGAAAAUUACUGCAGUCGUGCAUGUGCAGGAGCAGCAAUGGCUCUGGACGAGUGAGGGUCGCAGGACUUGGCUCAACAUUAGCAAUUUGUUAGAAAAACUAAUUUUAGUCGUAUUUUAAAUGUAGCCACAUUUUUUUCUCACACUUUAUGCCAACUGACCUCAUAUAACUAUUGACAAAUGGAAAAUAAUCACAUUUAGCCUUAUAAUUUCUAGUUAUAUUUAUUUAAGCUUUUCCUUCCAUACUUCCGUAUAGAAGAGGUUAAAUCCCUCUUACUAGUUGUUAGCCCUGGAUUUAAUAUAGCCUGCAAGUAAACAGUUGUGUUAAAUAACCAGAGUGUUUUGUAUAAUUUGCUGAAACAUUACAGGAUCAUACCCAUGCAGCAGAACAGUCCAAGUUUCCUUAGGAGGAGGGAGGUUGUACAGCAAAGGUGUUUGUACGUGACCACUAACACAAGCUCUCAUUCUGGAGACAUUUUUCCCAAAAGAGCAGGAGUGCAGGUCACUAGACAUGCCUGACAACCAGUGAAGCAUCAACUCCCACAAAAGCAACAUGAAAAAAAAUCCUUAUUGAAAACCAUGGUCCAGCCUUUUAUCUCACGCAUGUAAUCGCUCUCCAUACUCAUUUUGCCCUGGGCCCCUUGGGGCACCACUGAAGAAGGGUCUAGAGGUCAAGAAGGUCCAGACCAGGCAUAGAAAGGUGUUCCAGGUGCAUGGCAUGUAACCCAUCCCCGGCUUCCGCCGCUUUCCCGGGCGGAUAGCCCUGGAGAACCAGCCUGGCCCCAGCAGGGCCUGUUCUCACAGUGCCACGGGGACCCUGCCAGCCCCUCCGCGCUGCCCGGGGGCGGUGACACCCCCACGGUGGCACGAGGUGGCACCGAGCGCCUGCCGGGCACCGAGGCUCAGCUGCGCUGCCGGAGCUGAUCGGCCACAGCGCUCAGCGCUGAGCCUUCUCCUGCCCCAGCUGGUGAAAUCUUGCCUCAAAGCAUUUUCUGUGCAGCUUGAAGGGGCUGCAACCAAAGCAAAUCUCUAUGUUCAAAAUACAAAAGGGUAAAGUUUGUGAUUUUUUUUUUUUAGGUUUUUGGUUGGUUUUUUUUUUUAGUUUUUAGACCUUACUGAAGACAGGAGUGUGCUUCUCUGGAUUUUUUUACUUCACCUGCAAUUAUAUGUCUCAGUCAUUUGUGUUAAUCAACCAAAGUUCUCUACAGACUUUAUUUUUGUACAAUAUUCAUUUUAUAACUUUUUACAAAAUAAAAUUCAUUUCUAUUGUUACAUGGUUGUUGUUUGUGCUUCCCCACCAUACAGUUUGCAAGUUAUAGAGUUGUCCAGUUUCCCAAUCUGCAUGAGACAAUGCUGCGGGGCCAGGAAAUCCUCCAUGGAGUGAAGCCUUCCUUUCUGUCUCACCAACACUUUUAAUGUGGAUCAGAGAUGUCUGUAGCUUCUUAGUGAAACAUAACUGAGUCACUGCAAUAACUGACUUGAAAAUGCAUGGUGAACAGUGACAGUAGUCUACACAGGGGCAAGCUUCAAGUCUGGGGUUACUGAAGCUGUGCCUUGUCCAUGUGGCCUUGGCCAUUCAUGGCCACAAUUCCUGCACUCAGAGGAGAUUGCAUUUUGCUUUUCUAAUCUGGGUGUCACACCAGUUGGACUAAAUUCUAUCUACUUUGUCCUUUUUUAUUUCAUCUUCAAACAGGAAAAUAAAACUCAAGGAAUUUUCUUUUCCGCCAUGAUUAUGGAACAGAUGAGGACAGGUUUUGUGGCUGAGGCCAGCAACAUUUUCUCAACUGUUUCGUGUUAAGCUUUGCAGUUCCCAUCACAGGGCCCAUAAACACACGCAGACUCACAGGUUUCACCACCGCACUCCGUUCUGCUGCAGAGAGGAAGAAGGAGCAUCUGACGGCGAGCCAGAGUGCAGGAGAUCAAACACUGCUAAUGCACAGCAUAUGGAUGCCUUGGUUUCGUUUGUGCUGGCAGGGACCCUGCACGCAGCCCUGCCCCAGCUGCUGGAGCGCACAGCAGAGCUCGCAGGCCCGGCUUUGGAAGCGCACACCACCGAAGGCAUUCCUCCUCACAUGCCUCCACUUCUUGCAGCACAAGCCCAUCCAUCACAUGCAAAAGCUGGACACAUUCAGUGUUUGGCGUGGGAAUGACCUGCAGUUCCACAUUCAGAGGAGAUUGUGCACUUUCCCAAGAGUUGGAGGGAGUGUCUGUGUCAGACACAGCUGUGAGGUGCUCCGAAGUUUAAUCUCUGCUCUUACAGCCCUUCUGUCUGCUGUUACAGGGAUGGGGAAGCAGAAGGUCAAUGCAGAUGCCUUUCUUGGUCCUAUCAGGCUCUGAGUGGGCCAGCUGGCAGGAGCAGUGUUGCUUGCAUGGAGCUGUUUCAUCCUCCAUCCCCAGCCUUCCUGGUGAAGACAAUUUGGAGAGAACUAGAGAGGCUCUGCUGCUGCAAGAGCCCGGCUUGCCACUGCUAGGCUGGCAUCUGCAGGCUCCUUUCCUGGUUAAAGUGAGGCUUGAAGUAGUUUGCUGACACCCUGUAUGUGUUAAAGCAGUUUGAAACCUUCAUCUGGCAGGUUGUGUAAAAGAUUUCAAGAAAGGACUUAGAUUUUCAUUUGUACCUAGGAAGAGCCAGUUCUGGGCUAGACAUUAUCUUACUGCUUGAGUAGCAGACAUAGCACUGUCCUGGAUCACUUCCGGAAGAUAUGACAUGUCCCAAGAUAGAUAAAAUUUUUAAAAGGGAGAGGAUGAGGCAAGCAUCAUAACUAUUUACACUUACUGAAAAUCAGAAUGUUAAAACUUUACUACCCAAUAUCUUGAUUUUUUUUUUUCCUUUUUCAAUUUUGUGUUGAAUUUUCUUGUAUCUGUUAGCAUAGUGCUGCCAAACAAGAAUGACUGGCUAGAGACUUAGGACAAACUAUGGCUGUCUAAGGAAAAAGCAGGUAUUUUGCAAGGAGGGCUUAUUUACUGAUGCAGCUUGGAAGUCUGUCCCUCAGUGAGACCCCUGCAGCAGAAGGGAUUGAAGCCCUGUGCUUCCCACAAGCAGGACUUCAGGAGAGAAGCUGUCAUCACAGCAGGUCCUUCUGCCAUCUCUCCAUGCCACAGCAGCCUGGUGUACAGUACAAGGAGGAUGAAGUAGGCAGAGCUGUGUCUGAUUUUGGGUUGUUUCACCUCUACCCACAAAAGCGGAGAAAGACAAAGGCAGCCAGUGCCUCAGUCUGGGGAAGCACAGGAGGAAACCAGAAGCAACCUCGUUCAUUGCAAUCUGAAUGGCUAAAUAAAAAUACAGAGGAAAAUAUCAGGAUGAGGAAAACAAAUGGAGCUGACACAUUGUAUAAAUAGGUCUCCAAAUGUCAUGCAUGGCUGGAACAAAGAUGUUUUGUUUCAAAGCAAGAGACAACUUGAAAUGGCUCAGUAAUACACAUUGAGAAGUUUGCUUAUUUGGAACAGAGCUCCUCUAAUGAAAAGGUUAAUUGUGUUGCAAUGGAAAAGAAAAAAGGCAAAGCAGAGGCCAGGCCUGCACUCCUCACCCUGACAAAAUUUCCCACUGGCUCAAAGUGAAGAUUUUCUAUCACAAACAUCACAGGACUGAACUACUAGCAUUCCAAUAAAUUAUACAGCAGGUAUAUUCAUGGUCAGAAGGUGUAUUCAUGGGUCAGUAAGACCAUAUAUUUCAGCAGCAUAAAUCCCACUGGCUUUCAGACAAGUUGCAGCAGCAGCCAGUGAGGGAAACAUGGUGCUCAGCUCAGCCUGAUGCAGGGAGGUUUCCUUUGUCAGGCACCAAGCUCCAGUACUCAAGGUCAACACUGAGACAUCUUCAUUUGCCCGUUCAUUGUUUCCUUCAGUGCUGAAAAUGCAGCAUUUUAUUCACUUUUCCACAAAAUGUUCACUCACAAGUGAAGUGAAGUAAGAACAACGGGCUUUUGAAGGCUGAAAAGGGCUGCUGUAAUUAUCCAAAGAGCUGGCGUUUUGUCCGCAGCUUCUCCAUCUUUUUGACAGCAAUCUGAGCUCUACAACAUGUGCAGGUUUCCUCCCUCUGCCCCAAACCUUUGUUUUACUGUCCCGUGGCACACUUGAUAACAAAAGCUUCCUUCUCUGUCACCUUAGGAAAGGCACAAAUAUUAGUGCCUGGUCCAGACUAGCACACGUUAUCCCCAGGUGGUCCUGGCAGGACUAAAGCCACGAACAUGCUCAGCAGCACUACUCCAUCGGCUGUUGCGGGGUUGCUCCAGCUUCACAGGAGUCUGAAUAAGUAUAUCAAAGCUGGAUACUUUCUUAGCAAUAUUCACAUACAAAUAGAAAAACCGUAUCCUUGUACAAUCCCCCUACUCCUUCUAUUUCUGUUUCAUAGAAUCAUAGAAUGGUUUGGGUUGGAAACGACCUUGGAAGUGACCUCAUUUCAACCCUCCUGCCACUGGCAAGGACACCUCCCACUAGACCAGGUUGCUCAGAACCCCACCCAAUCUGUCCCUGAGCAUCACUGGGAUGGGACAUCCCCAGUUUCUCUGGGCAAUCUGUUCCCGUGCCUCACCACCCCCACAGUUAAGCAUUUCUUCCUAAACCAAAGUCUACCAUAUUUCAGUUUGAAGUCCUUCAGCCUUUUCCUAUCACUACAUGCAAUUAUAAAAAGUCCCUCUCCAGCUUCUCUGUGAGUCUUUAUUUGCAGGAAGACUGCUAUAAGAUUUCUCCGAAGCCUUCUCUUCUCCUGGCUGAACAAUCCCAGUGGUCCCAGCCUGUCCUCAAAGGAGAGGUGCUCCACGCCCCGAUCAUCUUCAUGUGUUUUGAGAUUUCCAGACCUUUACCACAUUUCACUCUGCUCCGAUCAUGUUGCUAACUCCUCGGGUUUUUCCCCACUGGCACUCACCCACAGUUUUCUCUUCCUGGACAGCCUCAUGACUCAUACAUUAAUCUCUGGCUUCACACAUGCUGUAAACAUGUCCUGUAAUUCUUAUUUCAGGUUAAUAUCAUUUUCCUCUGAUACAAACAGAGUCAGCAGGCACUUCUUGUUAACAUUCAGUAUAAUUUUGAAUAGAAGUUUCUAUCUGAAGAUGAAUUUUUUUUUCCUUAAAAAACUCACAGCUUAGAGAUCAAUUUUGAAUUACUAUAUUUUGAAAGAUACAGAGACUCUUUUCUAUUCUUUUGCACAGGACUAGGCAGGUUCUCUGAGGGUGAAAGUGACUGUACAAUCAAGGUAGGAUGAAGAUCUCUCAGCACCCCAUUUCUUACAGUGGCUCUCAGCUGGGAAAGGAGCAGAAUAAAAAAGCAAACUGGGAGUGCUAUUUUCCCUAAGAAUCCCAUCCCAGACCCAACAGUUCACAGUUCAGAACAUCCUGAGCCCUAUGUUCUAUUGGUGUCCAACAAUCCUUGGCAGGUCUGUCUUGCUGAGAACCUGCCCAGUGUGAAUUAGAGCUCCCCUGCACUUUGGGGCAACUGAAUUCUCUGCAAUGCAAGCAAGAGUUCCUCUGCUGCCACUGGAACUCCAUUUCAUCAGUUAUCUUCCCACUGCGGUGUCCCACUGAGUUGCCUUCAUAUUCCACAUGGAUCUGUCCAACCUGAGGAACCCUCAUAUCUCUCAUCACCUGUGUCUUUUCUCUAUCUUCCAUCUGGACCACAGGGAAUAAAAUGCUGCCUUCAGGACACUGUGCAGGACCAAACCCUGGAUUUCCACAGAGGCACAACAAUAUUUUCUUUUCUGUUUUCCAUUCUGUUUCAAAAAUUCCUUUCAGGUGCUAGGUGAGGAACUCAUUAGAAACAUGACUCCAGAGGCAACACCUUACAUCUAUUUGGGAAUCCCCUUUAUUUAACACAGAACUUUUUGCCAGCUAUCAGGUCUGAACCUGACUAACCCCAAUUGUGUUCACUCCAACUGCGAGCCUGACUAACUCCAAUUAUACCCAUACAAAGUAUCAUGUGCCAGCCAAAUUAGGGGUUUUUUUAUACUGAGGUGAAAGCAGCGUGAGCAGUGACCAAGUGCUGCUGCACACAAGGGGCUCAGAGACAGGUGACACAUGCCACCCACCCCCACACUGAGACAAUCAAUGGAACAGGGUUUCUGCUAUGCCAGAAAACAAGAGGGUAAGUGGAAAAAUGCAUCCAAAAAGGAAAGCUUCUAUGGCUCGCACAUGGACAGGGUGCCUACCAAAAAGAAAAAAUGAAGCCAGUCCAAGGGGCUGUUUGGGAGGAGCUGAAGAAAACCCUGCAGCACAUUUUUUUGUGUUUAUCUAGGACAUCAAAUUCUGCUUACAGCACAUGUUUUCCUGUCAAGGAUAUCUGGUUUCAUUUCAGCUACAAAUGUGAAUCUCAUUUUAAAAGCCAGAGCAAGUCAGCGAUAAUGAGACAUUUUUGCAAGGAGUAUAGAAACCUCCAUUUCUGAUUCUGACAACUGGCAAAACAAAAUUUGGAAUACUUAAAAACGUUCUCCAGAAUCAACAGUUCUUUUGGAACUUUUCCUGCUAAUAUAUUAGGAAAGUCUUGGUGGCAUCCUAGGCUGAUUUCUUUGUGUCAGUAACAAGUGACCAGUACAGGACAAUGCAGGUAAAUCUCAGUAGCAGAUUGUGUUUGUAUUUGACUGUGUGUCUCAUGUGCUAGUAGGAACCAGUGAAGCACCUCUCUUCCAUGUCAUCUCUUUAGGAUAGUUACUCUGGGAAGAUUGUUUUAAAUACCUUUGCAUUUUUGUCUGUUCUUUUAGAAUACACGUGAUAUUGGCCAGAUUUAAUGUAAAAGGAUCUCACAGAUUUUUCUUACCUGACAUUGGUAACAUAGUGUGACAUUCCCCUACAUAACAUACCCUGUAGCAGAAGAUGAAAUAUUGCACAGCCUAAAAUUGUUUCGUCAUCCUCUGAAGGAUAAAUGAAAAACAUGAGUGUCCAGAGUCAAGGCCACAACAGUGUUAUUGUAUUUAGGUCAAGGAAGUUAAUUAAAAGUUAAUAUACUGGCUUAACCUGUCUCAUGAUAAAGCAUAUAUCUCCCCUAUAUUCUUUGAUAACUCCAAACUCAGAAAUGUACUUUAAAUUCACUCUGUGUGAAGACUCUAAAACAGUAAUGAUAAAGCCUUGCUUUAAAAAAAGGACAAUCCCACACGGACUUAUUCAUGUUUAUGCACCUCUUCCAGUGUUAUAACUCAGUAAAUAGGACAGCCAUUAAAUGUAUAGUUUUAUGGCUGAGUCUGCUCUCCGGCGCUCAUUAAAUCAUGUGUUUUAUUGUCAGCCCUUCUCAGACUGUCAAGAGUUGUUCCUUAUAUGCUUUCUGUAACACACAUUCCCCUAGCCCCACUCAUCAUUUGGUACUAUUGCCUUUUCUUUAGCCUGUUGAUGACAUUUAUAGCUGUUUUUUUCUUUUUUUCCCAAGAAAUAGCAUAUUUUUACAGCAGAGCCUCUUUUUCGCUUUUUAGUGCUUUGGCUCAAUAAUUUCUCACACACUAGAAAUAGACCAGCUGAUGUCUUGAUCUUUAUAUCCAUCCCCAUCCAAGAAAUAUAAGCAGCAGUGAAAACUCAGUGUGGUGAUUCUGCCUUCCUUUGAGAGGUCCCAUGGAAAAUCUCUUUCCUGCUCUGCUCAGUAACACAAACUCAGAAGCUGCAUCUGCUGUGGUCCAUGGCUCUGCCACCCUCCCUGGGCUCAGACCUGUAACCAAGGGCAACCAAUGCAGAGCAGAAAUACAAACAUUUGUCCACAUUCACACCCGACAGAGCCCCACAGUGGCGUGGUGCUGCCAGCUGGUGCUGUGCAAACGUGUGGUGGCCUCCACUUGCACAGGAUUUGCUGAUGCUGUGGGGCUCUGUCCAUACAGACACUAGAAUAGAAUAGAAUAGAAUAGAAUAGAAUAGAAUAGAAUAGAAUAGAAUAGAAUAGAAUAGAAUAGAAUAGAAGAGUGUUUUCUGUUGGAAGGGACAUAAAAGGGUUGUUUAGUCCUACUGACUGACCACUUCAGGGCAGACAAAGUUAAAGCAGGUCCUCUGAGUCAUAUCCAAGGAAUAGCACAUAAGGAUCAAGGAGAGUGAUGCUGCUUCAGUGGUUACCAACAUCAUUCAUACUUCACAUGGAUAACUGUUUAUUAAGAGAAAAAAGCAAAUACUCUGCUUCUUGGGCUUUUAUGCAUUUCCACACACAAAUAUUUUAAGAAGAACAGUAAAGAUUGGCUGUUUUUCCUAGGCUUUUCCAAACUCAGCAGUUUCUCCACCAGAAGAAUUCAGCUCAGCAAAACGAAAAGCUUUUCUGAUAACUCAUCCGUUCAGCCAACACUUCCUAUGGCAAGACACAAAGGGAGCUCAGCUCACCUCUUCCUGGACCCCACACAGCUCAUCAGGCAGUCCAACAAAGUGCUCUGGCAUUGCAGGGACAAAAUAUCCCACCAGGCUUUGAAAGAAAUUCUUAGCUACCAACUCCUGGCACUUCAUUUCCAGCACUGGUCUGCAAGUAUGUCUGUCCAUCCUGACAAAUCCCCUUGAUCAGCCAGACAAUGGGAUGGUAAUCAGGGUAAACACACACACUUUAUGGGACAUGGUGAAACUAAAAGCCAAUAAAAGCUACUCCUUUCUGAAAACUCACCACCACAAAACCCUCCCCAUGAAGGCAAUGGAAGAUAGCAACAAUCCUCACAUUAUUAGCUUUAGAGGAAAAAAAAUCCCUGGAAGAGAUAGUCCUAAGUCUGCAUUAAGUCACACAAUUUCAAUCUCACGUGCCAUGUGUUUUCUAAGUGUUCCCCAAAGGCUCUUGCUGUGGGCUGCCUGUGUGGCCAAAAGCUGUCAGCAAACAGGAUGAAGAGAAUGCAGGGAGAAAGCAGAAAGGUGCUUGGAGUUGGGAGGCUGGGCUGCAGCACCCCUAUUUCCAUCCAGCUGAAGAAAGCCUUCUGUUUGAGAUCUCACAGAGAGCAAAGCAUGUGUGUUUCCUGACCUCGGCAGGGUCUGGCUGAGAGGAGCCAUUUCAGUUGCUGGAGCAGUUCACAUCAGCUUUGCAGAUUUGCCAGCGCUCCCUGCAAGAUGGCCAGGAACAUGUGUACACAUGGUAUCUGGCAACAAUAAUUCAGCAAAAAUGAAAAAUGCUCCUCAUUCAUUGCAAACAAAUGGGUACAGUGCAAUCCCAGGCAAACUUUCCCAAAGCAGGCAGCUUUCUGGGUUAAAAAAAAGCAGAGUAAGAAAAGAGUUUGGGGGCCUGGAGGGCCCUGACAGGAAACGCGUGGGAACGGUUACUUCAAACAGUAGAGUAGAUAUAUAGGAAAAGAACAAGUUUCCAAAUGCAGCCUUUGCUUUCUGGUCCGGGAAAGCAGAGCUCUUGCCAGGUACAGCAUGGGCAGCCACAGUUGUACUGCCAGGGCUGCAAACUUGGCCACCAUCAGUGCCCUGACCAUUGCUCAUCACCAAGCUAUCCCAAAAAUAGCUGCUUCUGGCACUUUAAAGCCCUGUGACUCUGCAGGCCUGGGCACCUUCUGAAAAAUAAACAAGGCUUCAUUUCCUGCCAGGUUUUUUCCUUGCAGCGGCUUUGCAUGCCAGAGCUUGUGAUACCAGCACUCAAGACCACUGGAAGUGAAAAACUCAUGGCAAAACCCUAGGGGACAACUCCAAAGCUCAUCCUAACAGGCAUGUUCCAGGUGAAGGCAUCAGUGCCUUCAUCAGAGUGAGAGACAACUCAGAUCAGGGCAACACAGUCACACAAAAUUUGAGGAAACCAGCCUGUUCCUGCAUGUUCACCUUUAUAUCCUCCUCAAUCUUUGCUGACAUAAAACUGGCAACUAUUCAGAAAAAGGCUCCACAACUACUUGGAGAAAUGUGUGGCAUGUAUAUCACUACUGAACAUGGAAAACAGUACCUAACUUCAGUACCUAACAUAGGUGAGCAAAUAAAUCACUCGUAAGAAGAAUACAACAGGAAAAUAAAUUUGGAUUGCAUCUGGUGAGAAAGCUAAGGCACAUUACUAUGCAUAGAUAAAAUUUAAUUCUCACCUUACUUUUGGCAUACCUGCAUCUAUUUUCAUAUGUCAACAAUGUAUAAAGUACAGCAUUCAUUGAUUGUCUCAGUGAUGAGACCUCAACACAAAAAUAACUAAUUUCAUAGCCAGCAGUUAAAUUACGUAGAGCAAUAGCUCAUAUGAUGUCUCCAAAUCAAUCAUAAACUGAUAGAUUCAUUAUAGAAUUUGUAUUAUCAUUGGUUUAAAAGCUAAAAAAGGUCUUUCCUAAAGACAUACAGGGAAUAACAGCUGGCAGCAAUGUCAACUGGGACUCUGGACAGGAGAUCUCUGGUUGAGAAAUGCUUUGCUUCCCCUCAUAAAACCUCUGUUGUGUUUAUUUCACUUAAGUUUAAUCAUUGGCUAUGAUUUCAUGGCUGCUGAAUUCAUGGUGCCUCUUGGCCAAGCCAUAGCAUAGUGACUCAAUAAAGAUGAGUGACAUCAUUAACCCAAUACAGUAGCUAUUCAGAUGUAUGCUGUGGUCUCCUUACAUAAUCACCUAAUUUUAGCUACUGAGAGAGCUGCAUACAGUACCACAGUGUAUUAUGAACUCUGAAUAACCGUCUAAUAUCCAUAUGCUGUUUCCAAAGUUAUUUUAUUUUCCUGGUUUAAAAUCUCUAAGUGCUAUUUUAUUUUCCUUGCACAAAUCUCUAGGUGCUAUUUUCCCUUAAACAAACCCCUCUUCAAAACGAGUUCAAGCUUCUGCUGCUCCUGAUCACCUUGACACCUCGUUAGCUGGUCAUUGUGGUUGUAACGUGCUCAUGACACUACUAUGUGGCCAGGUCCUUGGGACUUCAUAAUGACUGUCAACAUGAACAGCUCUAGAAAACAGUAAGUUGACACAAGCCUUAAUUCAAGCUCCAGACACACACACACACACACACACUUAACUAAAAGCACUUGGUUUGCUAAAAGUAGCUGUGUCUUGCCGUUUUACAAAACACGUAUGAAAAUCCUUCUUAAACCAGAGAUAUUUUGGGCCAAGGACUUGUUUUUGCUACAGGCCACAACAGGAGCAUAUUGAAGUCCUAUUCCCUGCAAUCAUUUCACAGGAAACAUGCAUAUUUGAUACUAUUUAUUGGUCCAAAUUCCAGAUACAAGUUAAAUGUGAUAGCUUAGACAGGCUAGCAGCAGGAUUGGAAAUCCCAAGGAUGGAGGCUUCACUUCAGAAGACCAAGAAACAGAGCUCUCCUUGCAGGAAUCCCAGGCAUAAUGUGCACCCAGGCAGUGUGUGUGCCUUCCAGACACAUGUCGGGUAUUGUGUGUUGCAGUGCAGACUCCACUGAUCCCACCACAUACAAACCCAAUGGUUUUAUUUCAUCCAGUUUACGUUUAUUCAACCUUUUUUCUGAUAUUUUUACACAACUAUGCUCAAGCAAUGAGAAUUGUAUCUUCAAAAUCCUCCCUAUUUCUGCAAUGUUUGUCAUCUAAAUGACUUAAAAUACUAAAUCUCAAAACCUGUAAUUCAUAAUUGCUCAGACAUUCCUCUGCCUGUAGCAACCUUUUAAAAGAAUUGAUAGAUUACUUUGCACUUACAUAAAAUAAAAUAAGACUCUCAGCAGUGCUUAUAACAAGACACUCUUAUGGAGUGUGCAGACGGAGAUGCUGAGUCAAGGUUGCAAUUCCUACACCACAGUUCUGCUAAUCCCCACCACUCUGGGACCAGACACUUGACUUUCCCUCUCAGCACACACCACUGCUGCCUGGAGCUGUUCUCCAGCCAGGAUUGCGGGCAGCUGGCUGCUGUCCCUUGUGUACCCAACUAGCUCACCUCAGAGAUAUGCUUAUACUGCGCUGGUGCAGACUCACUUCUGCCACUCUGCAGCACUAUGAUCUGCGGACAGAACUCUGGGCUGGCUUUCUGUCCAGUUAAAACUAGUGUCUUUGUGGCAAUUUCUGGAAAAACAAGCAGGCUAAAACUUGCUGGCAACAUCCUCUGCUGGCUCAAGCCACAGCAGCUCCUUAGUGCUCAUUUCCAUUGGCAGAGGUGCUGGCUCCUGAAUUCCAUUUCGCUCUGUGCUACUGGCACAAUAUUUUUGAUUGUGGAGUCCAACAAAUCGUGUUAAUCUUGGAAGCUGAAUGUUAAGCUGCAGAGGGCAAUAGCUGAGCACAGCUCCUCCCCACCACCCUCAACACUGAUGCCAUGUCUAAUGAUACCACGGUCAUUAACAACAAAAAUUAUCCAUGUGGUAAAUAUUGACUGUAAAAAUCCCUGGCAAAAUAAAAGAAUGCAUUUCAUCACUAGAUUAAACCAAAUCCCUACUGUGCAAAAGUGCCGAGUGAAGCAAAUGGGAAUGCUGAUCUUGCCUUGGGACAAGGAAGAGCCUAGCUGUCCCACUGGAGUCCUGCUUGUUGGUUUAGGCAUUUAUAAACAGCAAAAGCGAAACAGCAAGGUUUGAUUCUGCCCAGGACUGUUGGAGUGCAGCCCCUGCAUUCAUUCUGGCAGGCAGAGGGCCCUAUGUUUGAGAUUCCAAACAUUUUUGAUUUAAAAAAACCCCUGGCUCCCAAGCAGUAGUGUGAUUCAGUAAUAAACAUAAUCUACACCGAGACUGGGCUGUGGAGACCCAGUGCAGCACCCUUGCUUCCCAAAGGAAGUGCAACAUUCCUCGGCUGAGCACACAGAGCAGUGCACCAGGAGUGAGUCAAGGAGCAGAGUAGAGGCAGACAAACACAAAACAUGAGCUAAGAGGAGUUCCCUGGUUCAGAAAGCUGGCUUACAGACUUUGCUGCAGCAGAGAUAUGCUGUUAAAGAGCACCAGAGGGACACUGAAGUAGUAGAACUAUAUUCCUACAUCUGCCACUAACUUGCCUUUGUUUAGGUCUUCCCAUCUUGUAUUUCUAUUCUUCAAUCCUCCUGCAGUAGUUGUUUUUCCCAUUUAGAUACUUAAAGCAAAUGAUACCAUCUCUGAUCAUAAGUUUGAGAAGAACUUAACAGGCUAAAAGUCUGAACCUGAAAGAGUUCUCGUAGCAAAGCAAGUGAUAGAUACCAUCUCUGAUCAUAAGCUUGAGAAGAACUUAAUGGGCUAAAAGUCUGAACCUGAAAUAGUUCUUGUAGCAAAGCAAGAAUUCAACUAAAUUACUUCCCUCUCUGCACAAGGAAAAGCAACUUCUCUUACAGACCUGUUUAAACUCUGUUGCAUGCCAGAGUAGAACACUAUUCUGACAGUAAAACAAGUGGUUAAGACACAUAAAAAAUAUAUACCACCGUGGUACCUAUAUAAUUUCCAGAACUAUUUGUUUUUGUGCAAACAUGAGCUAGUAGAAAUCAACAAAGGAAUCAUACAAAUUGGUAUUUCACAGAGCCUGAACAAACAAACAAAUUAUCACCUUGUGAACGGCAAAAUCUGCUUGGGAAUGUGAUAGUUAUCUUCAUUGAAAGUUUCUUUUUCUGUCAUCUUUCUUAUUACAGGACGAUUUUGCAACAUUUUUUGAUUAUUUAAUGGAGUCUUUGAAAGUUGACUCAAUUUUCCAAAGAUCAGGGGUGUGAUGCAUGGGUGUGCAUCAUAUUCAUCCUACAGCUCACCUGGAGUGUCCAUCUGUCAGUCCCAUCACUCCUGGAAAGGUUUCCUAAGGCUGUGUCAGUGCAAUGGCAUCACACAAGCCUGAAUUUCGCAGCAGAGGGUAAUUAAAACUGGAUGCCUCAGCACUAGGGAAAAUCUCAACAACAAGAAAAUUUUCAGCACUAUAUAAAUCCUCCUUUGGGGUUUUUUGUUGGUUGGUUGGUUGGCUGUUGUUUUGUCUUGUUUUGUGUUUUGUUUUGCUUAGUUCUGUUCUGUUUUAAGGGUUAUUCCAGUACAAUGUUCUGUUCUGCAAAGGGUUAAUAUCAGCAUUUUGCCUAAGCAUAUUUCAACUGGCCUGAGGUUCACAUCUCUCAGAAAGAGACUUAGUGCACUCUUCCACUUGUUCCUACAAGCUGUACCUUUCAUUGAUUACAUGCCCAGCUUCAGUUCCUCUGGCCCUCUACAUUUCAUACAAGACACUGCCUUAAUUAAGGUGAAUAUCCCCCUAGACAACUGCUUGUCCCCAUAAAUAAAAGAAACAAUAUGUAUACACACCCAUUUGUCACAUUAAAGACAACUUGAUCUCAGGUACUUUAGCAGGUGACAUGCAAGAGGAUUAGAGUUUGAACCAUUGGGUUAAGUCAUAUAAUUUUUUGUCAGUGUAACACAGAACAUUCCUUUCAGAGUAAUCUUCUAGACAAUCCUUAAUGUUCAAGGAUUAUUUGUCUCAUGGCAGUCUCUGCAGGAGGAAGAGGAAGAGCCUCCUGUGAAUCAGGAGCCUGCUGCACUCAUAUAGUGCAAACACCAAAUUUUACAAGGAUCGUGGACCUGGAAAUCAAACAUGGGCUGUUCUGUAAAUUAAAAAUGCAGGAACUAUUUUCCACCUUACUACAUAUGGACAAUUUAUAAUGGGCUAGUGUGCUGGUUUUGGCUGGAGUGAAUUUUCUUGACAGUGACUAGUAUGGGGCUGUGUUUUGGAUUUGUGCUGAACACAGUGUUGAUAAUGUAAUAAAUAAAAUGAAAGAGUUUUUUAUUGUUGAGCAGACAUUAUGUAGAGCCUUUUCUGUGUGUCAGACUGCCACACUUGCAGAGAAGUUGGGAGUGGUUGGAGGACUGGGAGGAGAAACAGCCAGGACAGGUGACCCAAACUGACCAAAGGGAUAUUCCAGACCCUGUGACAUCAUGCUCAGGAUAUAAACUGGGGAGAAAAGGAUAAGGAGGGGGAUGUUUGGCAUAAUGACAUUUUUCUUCCUAAGUAACCACUACAACUGAUGGGGGCCUGCUGUCCUGGGGAUGACUGAACACCUGCCUGCACAUGGGAAGUGGUGAGUUAAUUCCCUGUUUUGCUUUGUUGUGUGCACUGCUUUUGCUUUCUCUAUUGAAGUCUCUUUAUCUCAACCCUUGAGUCCUCUUUCUUUUACUCCUCCUAUUUUCUCCCCCUGGUGGGGGAGUGAGUGAGCUUGGGGCUGCAUGGGGCUUGGCUGCUGCCUGGGCUUAAACCAUAACAGCUGGUAAGUCCAAUAUUAGGCUUAUUUUUUUUCAUUAUCAUAUUGUCUUCAAACCUCUAUACAUGUUUUACAUGGGGUGGGGAGGAUGGGGGGGAGGAAGAGAUCAAAUCUCAAAAUGUUUUAAGAUUGAUCUUUAAGGGGAAAAGAGAAGAACGUGCUCCCCAGUCCGACAAUCACAAGAAACUCUAAAACAGAGAAACUGAAGCACAUGCAUUUGGGUAACAGCAUGACUGGGAAAUGAUCAGCAGAAUUGUUUUCUGAAAUGUGAAAAUUUCCAACUAGAUAGUGUCUCUUCCUGCAAUUUCCCUUGAAAUUCCUAGGAGUUUGAAGAUGCAAAUAACUGUAAUUACAGGAGGAGAAAGAAAGCAGUUCUUUAAAGCUGAUGGGAGACAAGAGUUUGCCUCUCAGACAGCUGAAUUUGCAAGGCUGCAAACACAAAGAAGCACUUUUGACUUGCAGUACAUAUGACAUCAGCACCCGGUGCUCACAGAAAGAGAUGCCUCUGUACUGGAUUUACCAGGCUGAUUUUCAGAGGAAAGCCAUCCCAACCACCUUUGUACUCCUCAGUGGCUGUGAGACAGAAGGUGCAAUGUUCCCAGCCUGGGUGUCACUCGAGCUGCUCAGUCAGGAGCAAUCCUUUUGGCAAAAGCUCCCCAUGCAUUUUUUUUGUCUGCCUUGUCAGAGGAAACUCAGACACACAAACUGCCAUCCACUCUCUCUGGUGUAGCUGAGAGUCAUCCCACCAGAGAAGAAAAAACAAUCUGCAUUUUGAAUAAUCAUUUUCCAGAUGUACUAUCUUGCAUUUGUCAGAGUGACUUCUUGUUACUUCCUGCUUCUCUUUUUUCAAUGGCAUUUUCAGUAUUCUUCUGUAUUGUCUGUUAAUUUCAUUAACACACUGUUUGAUGAUCUUGAAGGGGGUAACCUGAAAUUAUGUUACAUAAAACCGGAUACAAACUCCCUUUUCCUGCAGCAUCCCACCACUUACCUCCCACUCAUCUCUGCGCCCUAUUACUUAGCAUGACCUCUUUCCUCGCCUUCUGCAAGAGCUCACAUUUUGUUCAUAUGGUAUAAAAGUUUCAGGUGAAAAUUCCUGAGCUACUGGGCAUUGGUUUCUUAGUCUGGAAUUACUUCUGGGUUUUUCUGACUGCUACUUGAUGAAUUUAAAGACUGAAUUAAAUUUCUCUGAACCUUUGCAAUAGCAACAGUUUUGCACCAGUUCUGUGAUGCUCUAGUAAAAUAUGGGGACAUGCCUACAGACACUUCUUUGUUACAAAUUAUAGUAGUAUUACUGUAACAGAAUAGGUACUUCAUAUUCUCCCAAAAAUGUUAAAUUUUCUCACUAUUAACUUUGUCAAUUAAUAUAUAAAUACAUAUGUAUAUACACAUUGAAAUUAUUUUAUGACUAAUCAAGAAGAUUUUACUGGAAAAAUCUUACCAUAAAACCAUAGAACUAUUGAUGAUAACCCUGCCUGCAAAGGCUAUUUUGAAAACACUGAUCUCUCUAUUGGGAACAUUCCUGAUAUUUGCCUCUGCUUAGUCAGGUAAUUUUAGAUUAAGAGUCAGCUGCAAACCAUAUAUAAACUUACUUACAGAAGGGAUUCCUUGUUAAUGUUCAAAGUCAUAGUGUUGAAAUUUAUUAGCUAAGGCAUAUACUGCAUUAGAAUAACACAAAGUCUUUUGCUUGCAUAACCACUGCAAACUUAGGGUUCACUGCAUUAGGGACAUGCCAAGUGGCAAUGGACAGUAACAAGAUGGAAAGAGGAUAAUCCUCAACUGGCCUAGCAUGGCUGCACUUCCACUUGUGUAGUUUAUUUGGGAUGGAGAAGUGCGCCUGUAUGUGGGAAGAGAUGGGAUGGAGUUGAGCUGUGGGAUGUGCCUGCAGAUGCACAUGGCAGCACAAAGGAGCACAUGGCAGCACAGAGAGGCUGACCCUGGGGGAAGGAGGUGCCACAUACAGAUUCUGGGUGAUGGUAAACUAUUUUGGCAGCCAAAGAUAUUACCUUGCUUAUUUUUGCUCAUUAGCGCUUGUUUUAUUAGAUGCAGUGUUUCACUGGGUUGAAAAAUGUCCAUGUUAGACACAGACAAAAAAAAAAAGAGUGCAGAAAUGGGAUAUACCCUCCACAAAAGUCUUAUAUGUUCUUAAUAUUUUGAAUCAUAUUCAGAGUGACCUAACUCCUGUCCAACAGCACUUUUGUAAAUUAGAAGCUCACUUAGACUUACUAAGAAUCUUGAAAGUGGGAAAUGGAAAAAACCUUUCCGUUGAUAACCCGGAGCUGAAGAUACACUUGUGUUUCCACAGAUUCCAGUCCAUGUUGGGUACCUGCAAGAAUGAUCCAACCAGCCUUCAUUACUCCAGCUCUAUCAUCAGCUUGUGGGGAAGCUGAGGGAACAAGAUGAACGGAGCUUGUUUGGUUCAGGCAGUGGGCUAAACUUGUUCUAACACUAGAAAUGUUUUGUUUCAUGAUUCUUGUUUAUAUAAAACAAAAAAUGGGGAGUUGUGGGAAGAGAUGGGAUGAAGUUGAGCUGUGGGCUAUGGGAUGCACCGACAGAAGCACAUGGCAGCACAAAGAAGCACACGGGCAGCACAAAGGAGCACAUGGCAGCACACAGGUACAUGGCAGCACAAAGAAGCACAUGGCAGCACAAAGAAGCACAAGGGAGCACAGAGACGCUGUCUCUGCAGGACCCUGGGGGAAGGAGGUGCCACAUGGCAGACCCCUAUGGGACACGAGCCAGCUGGAAGCUGACAGGCACGUUUACAGGACGUGAUCAUCCCACAGAAGGACAUUCAGAGGCACCUUGCUGAGGUGGCAACAUGGGAUAGGUCACGUAAUGAGAGUUACCAUGCAAGGAAAUACUGCGCUUGAAGAAGUGUACAAAACCAGCUUGUUUCUCUGAAUAAAUGGUUCAGAUUCCCAGCCGGUCUGGGCCCCUUGCUGCAGUCAUUACACCUAUACAGAAUGCUACAAAAAUAAAUACUUCAAAUAAACAGAUAUGGCAGCAAGAGCAGCUCAGGCAAAGGUGCUGGCAACUCAAGACAGGUGUGGUAGUCUUCUCUGGAGGUUGUACAAAGCAAGAACUUCCAAAACAGUGUCACAUU